AUGUACUGGCCAGUGACAGCGGCAAGGCUACUCAGUCUUCCUGCUCCCCUGGACCAUGAGCCAGUAAUACAGCUUCGCCAAAACAGGAAGGGGAACUUCUUCGCCUCGCUCUCAAAGUCGAGUCUAGGCGUUUGGGAUGUUCGACCUACGGUCCUACAGGCUUGUCUGGUACGCUCAUCAAAAAGCCUAGAGCGGUGGGGCGCCAAUCAGGACGUCUUCUGGGCGCAUGACGGCCGAGGCAUUUUCAUCCUGACCACUACGUCUCACCUGCUGUUGUAUCAGCUCACACCGACUGCUCGAGCUGCUUACGCUCAUCCCCCAUCGUCUCUCUUCCCGGCCAACGGCGGUCCCGGUGAAGGCGAUGUUCUCAUGGGCUGGACUCUGCGCUCCCUCGGUGCAGCUUUCAUCAUGGGCCACCCUCAAUCCCUCUUCGCUCAGUCACAUUCGCUCCUCAUCACUCUCAAGAGCCCGCCUUCGAUCCUCACCGUGCCCUACCCUAUCCCUAGCCAGCUUAUCGCACCACCGAACUCUCACUUCCCGCCUCCGCCGCUGGACGGGGAUGGGCCGGAACAGGACGAGUGCGAGAUCUGGGAUCUGGUGAAGGCGAAGGAGUGGAUGCAGUGUCAAGGGGCACCGCCGGUACCGCUCUCUAUCAAGCUCUCGAGGACGCCGGGUACGCCGGUCCUAUACACGAUGGUGAUGGAUGAUGGGCGAGUAUGGGGUAUGCACACGGUGACCAGGAAAGCGAGUACGCCAAUAUCUAGCCCACUGAAUACACUACCCCUAUCACCGGCAGCGUCUCACUCCCAACCAUUGUCAUCCAAGUUCACCGGUGUCGCGAUAUAUCCCCCUCAACCGCGCAAGGAUCCUGCCGCAAGCGGUCUGCAAGCCCUCGGGCUGUACGAGAAGGACGCCGAGGCUGCUCAAUCUACAGCAGAUCUAGACAAGGCUGUGACUGCCGCCGUCAACGGGAAAUUUGGUCUGGUAGCAGUCGGUACAGCUGGAGGCAACAUCAGCGUCAUCUCUCUCCCAAACUUCCCUGCCGCUCCUCGAGCAUCACAUACCCUCGAUUUCAAGCACGCAGCAAACCUUCACACGUCUCCUGGAGGCGUCACGUCUCUGUCGUGGACGUCGGAUGGGUACGCUUUGGCUGUGGGGUACGAGCACGGAUGGGCGGUAUGGAGCGUCAGCGGGCGGCUGAACGGCUGGGGUCUCAGCCUGGAUAGCGAUGCGGUGGAUGAUGGAUUCAUGGGCGGUGUGCUGGAUAUCUUCUGGGCACCAGGAAAUGUCGAGCUCUUCGCCCUCGCGCAUCCCCCUCAUCAAAUCUAUUCAAUACCGUUCGCGAAAAGCGCGACAACCGGUCAGCACUCGCCCGAUAAUACUCGCUAUGCCUUCUUGCAGAUGGAUGAUCGGGUCCUGGUGUAUCGAGGCGCAGAUCAGCCGGACAUGAGCGUAAUCAACCCAGAGUCGGACGUUUGGCAGCAUAUCAAGAUACCAAGCGACUACAUUUCGAUCAAUUGGCCAAUCCGGUAUGCGUCCAUAUCGACAGAUGGGACGCUGAUCGCCAUCGCCGGUCGAAGGGGCUUGACCAACUACUCCACUGUCUCGGGCAGGUGGAAGCUAUUCGCUGAUGAAAGGCAAGAAAAAGACUUUGUCGUCCGGGGUGGGCUGCUGUGGUUCCACCACGUCCUAGUAGCCGCUAUCGAGGUAGACAAAUCAUACCAGAUUCGGCUCUUCUCUCGCGAUUUUGAUCUGGCAGACGUCAACAUUCUACACUCGCAGAUCUUACCUUCGCCCGUGCUCGUCAUGUCGCUUUUGGACAACUCGCUCCUCGUCUACACAGCCGACAACACACUAUACCACUUUCUGAUCGUCCCUACCAAGGACACGAUCAAGGUACACCUCUGCGGCAGCAUAUCCUUCGCUGGCAUAGUCCAGGUGCCCAGCCGGGUACGAGCUCUGUCUUGGCUGAUCCCAGAAGCCCAGAAACGUCUGGGCGAUCCCGUGGACGACCUGAUCGUAGCGACCAUCAUCUUCCUUAUCGACGGUCGGCUAGUCCUCCUCAGACCCAGGCGAGCCGGCAAUGACGAAGUGCGAUACGACCUCCAAGUCUUGGCGGAUCGGAUCGAGUCAUACUGGACUCAUCUGCACGGGAUUGGGACGCUUGAGAACUCGCUCUGGGGCUAUGACGGCAAGGGAAUGCGGGUAUGGCUAGACGCGUUGACAAUUGAGGGAACGAGACUGGACGAAGGGAGGGACGCGUAUGAGACGGUCAAGGAGAGUGUCUAUCUAGAUUUGGACUUUUACCCACUUUCUAUUUUGAUGGAUAAGGGAAUAGUCAUCGGCGUAGACUACGAGACCUCGACCCGGUCACUCCCCUUCAACCUUUUCAAGAUCCAGACCGGAACCCACCUCUUCCUACCCCAAUUUAUGCGAUAUCACCUCUCCAAUACCUCCGGCUCCCCGCUACAUCGCGCUCUAACGUUCGCAUCCAAUUACUCGUCCAUCGUAUACUUUGCGCACUCGCUCGAAAUCCUGCUUCACUCGGUCUUGGAGGAUGAGCUGGACAACGCGGAGGUGGAUAUUCCCGGCACUCCGGGACAGCUCCGACGCACGAUCGAGUUUCUGGAUCACUUUCCCGAGGCGAUGGAUGUUGUGGUAGGGUGUGCGAGGAAGACGGAGGUCGACCGCUGGGAGAAGCUGUUUGCGAUUGUCGGGAGUCCGAGGGAGCUCUUUGAGCGGUGUUUGGAGUUGGGAAAGUGGCGGACUGCUGCGAGUUACCUCUUAGUACUGCAGAACUUGGAGGAGCUGGACGAUGCCAAGGAUGCAAUCCGGCUUCUACGCCUAGCGAUCGAAGCGAAGGAGUACCAUCUCUCGAAGGAGCUCCUCCGAUUCCUGCACUCCAUCGACGAGUCCGGUGCGGCACUACGGCAAGCCAUUGCAGAUGUCGGAAUCGUCCAAGGGGAGGCACAGCACUCGCCCUUCCAGCUCAGCUCGCCACGUCUGUACGAGAGCCCUCCGUCCCCAAAGACGGUCAUGGUCGGCGCGCAAGCAGGUAGUCCAAUGGCGGUAGUGGGACAAGGAAGGAUGGCGGAUGCGCCGCAGGUGCCGGAACAUGAGGAUGAUGGAGACGUAUGA